AGCAUCAGCAGUUCGAAAAGUAUGGCGGCGGAGCUGAUUACUCUGACAGAGCAGUGGAUACGAGAUAAACUUCAGCUGACGCAUCCUUGUCUCGGUGAUGUCCGGUCCCUAAGCCUGCCUGGCACAUACGAGCAGAAGAUACAACAUUUAGGAACUGGAUUAAAGAGCUUCAUACGUUUAAAGUCUUUGGAUCUUUCCUGUAAUGCUCUUGUGUCUAUUGAGGGAGUGCAGCACCUGAAGACCUUGGAGAGACUUAUCUUGUAUUAUAAUGCCAUACCUUCUUUGGAUGAAUUAAACAUUCUGUUUGAAUUGCCUGCAUUAAGAGAGCUUGAUGUCCGGCUAAAUCCUCUGACAAAAAGAGAGCCACACUAUCGCCCAUAUAUUGUGCAUGCAAUGCCUAAACUACGGAAACUAGAUGGCUGUCCGGUAAGAGACACUGAUCGCAAAGUUGGCAUUAUGAAAUUCCCAUCCGAUGAUCCGCCUCAAAAAAAAGAUGUUUGUGUAAAAGUAUCUCCAGACAAAAGUCAGAGGUUGGCUUUGGUCGACCGUAUCUGCCAGAGGCUCUCUGUCCAUAAAGACUCAGAUGAUAUAGUGCUAAAUUUUGCUACAACAAAUCUUGAAGACCAGACUGAAACUUGUGUACAGCAUGGCAACAAAGAAAAAAAAAGAGCUUUUUAUGAAGAGAGGAGUUCCACACCCAAACAGGAUGCUGCUAAAUCAAUUUUGAGGCAUCCAUCUGCACAUUAUGAUAAAUGGAAGUCUGAAGUGCCUCCAGAGAAAUCCAAACAAAUUUGUGAAACUGUUUCUCUCAAAGGAACAGAAAAACCUAAGGUGUCUUUUGGUCCUUAUAUUGAGAAAACAAAGCCUUUAUUUGAGAAACUAAAAAUAAAGGAUUCUAAACAAAGUAGACGCCAAGCCAAAGGACAUUUUACUCCACAUCCAGACCAAACUGUACAUCCUGGCUCAUAUUUUGGUGAUAUCCAGACUCCUAGUCCAUGUCAUCUUGGAGCAUAUUUGUCUAACCCUGCUAACCCAAUACUGCAUCCACCAAGACUCACUUACUCAAGUAUUCACAAUAGAGAAGAGGGUGGUGGUUCCUCACAGCAAGAAGGAAAGAAGAAGAAGGGGAGUUACAGGAAACCACUCGAGAUGCUCCUGAACCUCGUAGAUAAACACUGGAGGGGAGAGAGAUCCCUGCAUCAAAACAACAACUUCCUGUCUCAAGCUGUGCAGAUCCUCUCUCUGAUGGAAAGCAGUAUUUCUAGUCGGGAGGCAGAGAUCAAGAACUUAAGACAACAAAUGGAUUCACUGAACUCAAAGACUGCAGCAAAAGAGGAACAACACAAAACGGAAAUCCAAAAUCUGACCUCUCAGCUAGAAGAGGCAUAUGCUACUGUUGGUAAACUAAAUGAGCAGCUGAGGAUAGUCUUAGAGGAAAAUGUGUCUCUGCAAAGACAACUAAUUAAGUUUGAAAAACAGUAUCUCAAGUCGAUGAUAAAAACAUCACCUCAUGCUCAAAUUCAAGAGGCUCAAAUAGAAGUGGAGGAUUUGAGGAGAGAAAUUGAGAUCCUUAAGGAGAAAGUGCACAAAUCUGAAUAUAAGGAAGCUGUGAAAUAAACAGGAAAGGUGCUGAGAUGAAGAUGGGCUGAAAGACUUUUAUCAAAUGCCAGGUUUUCGUCACCAAACUCUAUUUAACAUGGUUGCAUAUUUAUUUCAAAACUUCAUUCAAAAAAUAGUGUUGACUUUAAAUAAAUGUAUUAUGUAUGUUUUAACAUUAAGAAUUGUUGUGUUAAUUCUAUUUGAAAACAUGCUAUUGAUCAAAAUAAGAUAACUGAAUGGAGCAAACAAUUACAUAAUACAAUUAUUUAAAAUCUGCUUCUUUUUUGUAUGUUAUGUGUAUGUAUAUGCUCUUUUUAGCAUUAGUUUUUGCAAACCUCCAUUUAAAAUCCAUAUGUUUUAAUUAUUCUGAGGAGUGGUUAAUAAGUAUAGAUUACUGCUUUUUCUGAAUUAGCUGCAGUUUGUGAGUUUUUAGGUCAGUCUCCAUCUGCUUUCAGAGCAGUGGACUGAAUGCUGCUAGAUCCAGCUGCACUGUGACUUUAUUUGUAUGUGUGCCUAAGGGCUGGACCACUACGCUCUGUGCUAACCUGCACUGGCUGAGCUGCUGCUAAAAUGAAAGUGGAUGUUUUUAUGUGAAUGUUACUGUACAGGUCACUGGUCUGCGCUGCUGAAACAGAGAUGCUACUAACUAGAUUAGACCCUUAUGGUGUGAAAUAACUAUUUAUUUUAAAGGACCCCUAUAGACCCAAGCAGCAGAGAAUAGGGGCUAUUUAUUGUUUUUAAAUGCAUUACAAAUCAUGAACAUACAUUAAGAGCUCUAAAGAACAAAACACACUGCAUGCACCAAGGGGAAAUAGUACGUUAAAUGCAUAUGAAAAAAUAGACAAUAAUUCGUCCACAUUGAAAGUGCACAGCGUUGAGCACAAAAAGCACUACUGUAGAAACUAUAAAACAACGAAACGCUGCUAGACAGUCAUUAAUGCAUGAUUCUUCAUUAGCUUAGGCUACAGGUAGUUUGACAAAUACUGUAAUUAUUAGGCUGCAAAAAUAUCCAUAUACAAAAGUAGCAUCCCUUUUUCCAUUUUGUGUGUAAACAGCUUUUCUCUUUGUGCCUGACUCAACCUUAUUGUACUAUGAAAACAAAUGAUGCAUUACAGCUUUGUACAUGUCAUUGAUACACAUUGAUUUCAAGCAAUACAAAUUUUAUGGUCCCAA